UGUAAAAUUAUCACAACGACAAUACAAACACAAAAAAUACAAAAAAAAUUAAAAUUAAAAAAGAAGAAGGGAAAUAUGGGUUUCACCGAGAAGCAAGAGUCUUUAGUGAAUAGUUCAUGGGAAUCAUUCAAACAAAAUCUCUCUGGCUAUAGUGUUUUGUUCUAUACUAUUAUAUUAGAGAAAGCACCUGCAGCAAAAGGCAUGUUCUCUUUUCUUAAAGAUACAACUGGAGUACAAGAUAGUCCUCAACUUCAAGCUCAUGCUGCAAAAGUUUUUGAAAUGGUGCGCGACUCAGCUGUUCAACUCCGAGCAACUGGAGAAGUGAUUUUGGGAGAUGCUACAUUGGGUGCUAUCCACAUCCAGAAAGGAGUGGUUGAUCCUCAUUUUGUGGUGGUAAAAGAAGCUUUGUUGAAAACGAUAAAGGAAGCAGCAGGGGGCAACUGGAGCGAAGAACUAAGUACUGCUUGGGAAGUUGCUUAUGAUGGAUUGGCAGCUUCAAUUAAGAAAUCAAUGAGUUAAAUUUGAGAUGAUCUAUUGUUAUAAAUAAAUUUAAUAAAUAAAAUUUGUAAUACUAAAACUUGUUAAACAAGUUUCUAUAAUAAACAUCGUUGAGAACUAUAAUGUUAUAUUGUUUGUGUUUA